ACCAUGCCCCUCCUUCACUUCGUUUCUUUCCUCAUACAUCUCCCAUCUUCAUCAUAAACCACAGUGUCAUCUCUCAUUCCCAUCCGUCGGACAACCUUGACUAAAUGGUAGAUGCCAGGAGAAGAAUCUCUGCCCGACUCCAGCCAGUGGCCGCGGCACUUGCUUCUGCACCUGGUUCUAUCUCCAGCUCCAGUUCAGCAUCGCCCUCGCGCCCGUCUCGGGUCACAGCCACAGCCACAGCCACAAAGGAAACCGCAAAAGCGCGAGCGAACGUACCUAAAGCAUUGCAAAAUACCGAGUUGUCAAGUUCUUCAGUAACAGCAGACGAGACAUCAUCGUUAGCAGAGCAGUCCGAGGAGGCAUUGGAUGCGGAUACAACGAGCGACGGAUUCAAGAGGAAGACAAAACGCAGUGCGACAGACAAUCUGGUAAAAAAAAACACUUCGCCUUCAAAGCGCCAGAAGCCAGAUGACGAUGUGCACAAUAUAUCAGAACAGUUAGAGGACGCUAUGACAGAUUCACUCUUGGAGUCUGUACUUCCUACUCCUUCUCAGCCGACGCCAGAAACACAGGAGACGACAGAGGAACAAGGACUCAUGCAGGAGCAGUUCUUAGGACAUCGCGCUACCAAUCCGCUAGAAUUACACGAGAUUCGCACCAACGUCGCCCGGUUUCUGUCGCGUAGCGAUAUUCGAAACUGUCUUUUGGUCUGUGAAUCUUGGUGGGAGUCCUUUCAGCCGUAUCUCUGGAUCGACCUUCGGCCAGUCUACCGCAAUGUUUUGGGCGGCACAAAUGAUUAUCCAUCUUGCAAGCUGAUGCGCAAGUACGGACAUCUCAUCAGGACGUUCGAAUACAACGGCCAUGGGACGGUGUUGCUGUCGAUGAUUUCAUGCGAGAACAUGUAUGACAUGUAUUACAAAAACGAGGAUAUCGAAUGGCACAAGACUGAAGAGGAGGAGGCAGAAGAGGAGAGCUGGAUGUAUGCAGAUGAUGACAUGGAUCCAGAGCUGUCCUUGAACCAAAGCGAGUCGCUGAGUGACUUUGAAGGGCGGAUUGAGAGGAAUAGUCUUGAGCGCAGGGAAAGGAUGGCUCGAAUGAAGGACGUCAAGGCGGCAAACAAGCGUCAGAACGAGGUCAGCCGAUUUCUCAAUGACGAUACAGAUUAUCGCAAGCGCGUCUGCAACAACAUCGAGCGGCUGAUUUUCACGGACAAGAGGUUUUCGAGAGAACGAGGAUGCCAUUACAGGAACUGGAUAAAGCUCAUGCAGCUCAACCAAGCACACCUCCGCAGUCUGGAAUUGACCUUUGCAAUCCGAUCGUUCGAUGCCUACCGGGAGAUUUUCACACAAAUCGUGUCGCUGGAGAACCUGACGGAACUCACCCUGGUCGACAACGACAUUGAUAAUAACAAAGUCAAACCCUUCCUGGAGACGAUCUGCAUACGACUGACCAAGCUGGAGCUCUCAAACGUUCGGAUCGACUACGGGAUCCUUCCAGGCCAGAUUAGUCAGAAUGCACAGGGGGUCCCGGAACAUCAGAUUCUACGGAUGGAAAAGAUGAGGACUUUGACAUUUUUCAGGGUUAAUGCCAGGAAUGACGCGUUCGCACUGGAGUUCCUCAAGCAAUGUCCCAACCUAACCGACUUGGCGUUUCGUCCGCAGUGGGGGAUGUCCAUGAAGGAGUUCUCUGGGCUCUUGAGCGAAAAGCUAUCAGGCGUGACACACCUCACAUUUCGCGCUCCCGGAUCGUCGGAUAUGGACAUGUCCCUGAUUAUCAAGUCAUUGCCGAUGCUGCAAAAGCUGAAUGUCUCGGGAACGACAUUUGGGCUGAUGGCGACCAACAUGUUAUCAACUCGGCACACUUUCACGCUCUCAUAUCUAGAUCUUCGAGUCUGCUCACAGGUGACAGGCUCAAUGAUUCAACGAAUUUUGGGCGAAAGUCGGAACUUAAAGGUCUUUUUUGCGGAUGUUAUUCGAGCCAAGGACAUUGUCACCAACUCGGUAUAUCCUACAUGGGCCUGCAUUGGAUUAAGAGAGCUGACACUGGAUAUCCGAGGAGAUCCCAACGAUACUGAGAUUGUGCGGAAGGUCUACAAGCAGCUUGCCCAGCUUACGUGCCUGGAGCAUCUAGACAUCAGUCAGUCCUCCCACGCAGGCGCGGCCCACUCUUUCCCACCCGAGGAAAAGUCAAAUUGUCUGACGCUGAAGUUAGGGUCGGGACUACGGGAACUGCGGACGUUGGUGCAUAUGAAUCGGCUUGUCUAUCGUGGGAUCGCGCGCAGCGAAGUAGGUCUGGCGGAACUGCAGUGGAUGGCGAAGGCAUGGCCACAGCUAGGUCAGAUUGGUGGCAAGUUGAAGUCAAGAAAGCUGAGUUAUUAUAACCCUAAUGUCCACCCGAAAGAGGAGCGCGAACCAACACCUGCGUGCGAAUGUGAGCACGACAACAACAGUGGCAACGGCAGCGAUGAUAUUGGAACCAACAGCGCGAUUUACGAUAGCGCCAGUGCAGCAUGCGGGCGUAUGAGUCGUCGAAGCGGGAUAUUGUACCUCACCGGCGAAACCAACAUCGCCCCUGCCGUAUCUAAUCCCGGAGGAGGCACAUCAAACACUGUGAACGUUGCCUCGUCCUCCUUGUUUACAUCCGAUGCCUCGUCAUCUCAUUCUAUGCCCUCCGUGUCCAGAACCACCGUAGCCAACAACAGUAACAGCGAAAACAGCAGCAACGGACGCUCUUUUAUAACGGAUGCUAAUCCCAAGCGCAAGCCGCCUUUCAAUAAGGUCAAGCACGAUGCACCACCGAAUCUCUUAGCACAGGAGCUCCGACGUUUGAAUCUUCACCAUCGAAUCAAGGUGAUCUGGCACUACGAGGACAGAGUUCCGGCGAGUCAGCGAAAGCGGCAGAGGCUGUUGCAAGGAGAGUCGUCUGAUGAUGAUAUGGAACGCCUUCGCCCGGGGCAAUUGGACCCAAGGUAUCGAGGCAACUUCCGGGACUUUAUCUGAGGGCUCGACUAAGUUUUACUUUGGCUCCAUUUGGUUUUAAUCUGAAUACAUCCCGCUCUUAAUCUUUCUCCUGUAACGCGGGGACAUUUAUAUACCGGUCUGCUGCUGUGCUUUCCCCUAAGAGCGUGGUUACAUUACGAGGGAAGCAUUCCACAAUAUAUCCGUCAGUUCAAUGAACGUGUCGAGCGAAGCGUCUACUUUCGCAAGAGC